ACAGUUGCGAGGGCCUCCGAACUGCCUCUUUCGCUGCUCGGUGCUGUUGGCGGUUCCUGAAAGAAAGAGAGAGAAAGAGAGAGCAUGGCGGCCGGGGAAGCUAAGUCCGUUUUAUUCGUUUGCCUGGGGAACAUUUGCCGCUCUCCCAUAGCCGAAGCUGUUUUUAGGAAACUUGUGACUGAGGGAAACAUUGAAAACAAGUGGGUGAUAGACAGCGGUGCUGUUUCUGACUGGAAUGUGGGGCGCUCCCCAGAUGCGAGGGCUUUAAGUUGUCUGAGAAAUCAUGACAUUCAGACGGGCCAUAAAGCACGACAGGUUACAAAAGAUGAUUUCCUGACGUUUGAUUAUAUGCUUUGUAUGGAUGAAAGUAACUUACGAGAUCUGAAAAGAAAAAGCAAUAGUGUUCAAAACUGCAAAUCUCAGAUUGAGCUGCUUGGGAGCUAUGAUCCACAAAAGCAGCUUAUUAUUGAAGAUCCGUACUAUGGGACUGAUGAAGAUUUUGAAACUGUUUAUCAACAGUGCCUUAGAUGCUGUAAAGCAUUUUUGGAGAAACCUCAUUAAUGGGGCAAGUGUUUCUGAAAGCAAAUAAUAUUUAGCUGUUCUGUAAAAUUAUUCUCAAUUGAUAUUAAAUUGUAAAGAUUCUAAAAAUAAGUCCUUUUUUAGCAUUUCAUGAUGUGCACAGCACCUUGUACUUGAGAAAUGGUAGGCUUAUAAAAUUAAUAUUGACCUUGAUCAAGCAUCUAUAUAAGGGGGAAAGCAUCCAGUACUGACAAAAUAAAUGUGUGUGAUUCUUGGUAUACAUAUUCCACAUAAUAUGUAAAAGAAUUCCUGUAUGCAUACUCUAAAUAUGAUACACCUAUGUCUGUUUUCCAUUGCUACUUGUAUGUAUGGUACUUUUAAACCUUAAACAUCUUUCUUAGAAGUA